GCGAGUCAGCCGCGGGCGGGAGCGGCGACCGGCGCGCGGGCAGGAGGGCGCGCGCGGGGCCAGGGCCGGGCGGCGGCGGGCUGGGCGGCAGCAUGGGCUCACGGAGGGUCGCCAGCGGAGCCUGGGGCGCGGGGGGACGGGCCGGGGCCCGGAGCUACCACGAGGACGACGGGCCCGUGUGGACCCCCAGCCCCACCAGCCGCAGCUACCUGCUCAGCGUGCGGCCGGAGACCAGCUUAUCGAGCAGCCGGUUGUCUCACCCCAGCUCUGGAAGGAGCACCUUCUGCUCCAUCAUCGCUCAGCUGACAGAGGAGACGCAGCCGCUGUUCGAGACCACGCUCAAGUCCCAGGCCGUGUCCGAGAACAGCGACGUCAGGUUUACCUGCAUCAUCACAGGGUACCCCGAGCCAGAGGUGACCUGGUACAAGGACGACACGGAGCUGGACCGCUACUGCGGCCUGCCCAAAUACGAGAUCACGCACCAGGGCAACCGCCACACCCUGCAGCUCUACAGGUGUCAAGAAGAAGACGCGGCCAUCUACCAGGCCUCUGCCCGGAACACCAAGGGCAUCGUGUCCUGCUCGGGGGUCCUGGAGGUGGGCACCAUGACCGAGUACAAGAUCCACCAGCGCUGGUUCGCCAAGCUGAAGUGCAAGGCUGCGGCCAAGAUGCGCGAGAUCGAGCAGAGCUGGAAGCACGGGAAGGAGGGGCCGGGAGAGGCGGACACCCUGCGCAAGCUCAGCCCCGACCGUUUCCAGCGAAAGCGGCGGCUGAGCGGGGCCGGGGGGCCGGUCCCCUCGGCCCCCACCAGGGAGGCUGAGGACAGGACCUCGGCGGCUUGGCAGGAGAGGGACACGGAGCCUGGUCAGCACCCAGGGCUGGGCCUGAUGGACAGUUUUGCCCCCGGAGAGGUGACCACCAAUGGGGAGGCUGCCCCUGAGAAUGGGGAGGACGGGGGUCACGGCCUGCUGACCUACCUCUGCGAGGCCAUGGCGCUGGGGCCUCAGAGAGCCCCCCAGAAGGAGUCUGGGGCCAAGAAGAAGAAGAAGGCCGAGGAGCCGAAGCCCGGCCUGCUGGCGCCAGCGCUGGAGCAGGCAGCUCGGGGCCACCGCUCCGAGAACCGCGUCCCCACUUCAGACAAGCCCGACCCCCGCGGGACAGCGGGGCCGGCGGGUGCGGCGCGGACCCAGACCUGGCCCGGAGACCGGGCGCCCGGUCCUUCAGGAGCGGACGGUGCCAGGGAGCCGGCGUCCGCCGUGGGCUCCCCAGCCCAGCCCCAGACGGCCCCGGCCCUCGGCCCGGGCCCGGGCCCCGGCCAGGAAGUGCGCUUCUCCCUGAAGGACAUGUAUUUGGAGAGCACCUGCGCAACCGGGCCUCAGGCGGGGGACGGGCACCACGCACAGGGCGGCAGGGCCCCUGGGGAGACACCCUCAGGGGAGGCGCCCGGUGAAGCCGGAGGUGAGGGGGGGCCUGCCGCCCCCGGCCAGCAUGCGCCCGCAGCCCCGCAGCCGGGCAGGCUUUUCAACUGGAAGAGGUUUGCCCCUCCGAAGCCCAAAGGGGAGCCUGCCGCCAGCGGCAAGCCUGACCCUCCCCUGGGUCCAGCUCCGGGACCCGGAGCCCAGGGCUUAGGAAAGGCUCCACCUCAGGCCUCUGCCCAGGUGCCUACACCCCCCUCCCGGCGGAAACACAGCACGCGGGACAGCCCCUUGCGCGGGCAGGCAGGCCUCGGGACCCCAGGAGAGGUCCCGGAGUCCCAGGUGACCAUGGCUCCUGUCGCACUGGCCAGUGGCAGUGCCGAGGUGGCCUCUGCUGGCGGCAGCACCCCCAGAAGUCAGGGCGUCGCUGAGCCCAUGGACACAGAACCCCAGGAGAGCAGCACGUGUGCUGACGGGAGACGCGGAGGCAAGAAGGACACAGGGGCGGACGGGAAGAUGCAGGUGGACGAGAGCGCGCGGGGAGACGGAACACGGACGGCCUCGGGGACACAGGCGGGCGGGAAGACACGGAUGGACCCUGUGGCGGCGCAGAACAGGGAGGGAGAAGAGUCGGGUGGGAGCUCCCGGGAGGGAGCGGCAGCACGGGGAGGGCCAGAGAGGCGGGUGGAAAGGACGCCGGAAGAAAGGAAGGAAGACAGGAAGAUGCAGGCGGGCAAGAAGACCCAGGGAAACGGAAGGAUGUGGGAAGACCAGGGGACGCCGGCAGCGGGGAGCGGCCUCAGCCCGCAGACCCCAGGAGGGCCCUCUGUCCUGGGGAAACCCAGUCCCAUGCUCAGGUCCGAGGCGGCAGCAGUCACAGCCUCUGGAAACCAAGAGCAAACUCUGCUGCGUCCCCUGUCAGGGCACCCCACGCUGCCCGCACAGUUGCUCCCUGAGGGCAGCUUGGAGCAGACAGGAGGAGAGAGAGGUUGGGUGCCAGAGAGGUCAGGCGCGGUCAAGGACACGCCAGCGGGGAGCCUGUCCCAGGGUCCUGCGCAGGAGCGGCCCGGGGAGGUGCUGUCUGUGGGGCCGGGUGCCUGUCCUCCUGCUGGGCUGAGCCCGGAGGUGCCCACUCUGCCUUCUCCUGGGACUGGCCUGUCGGAUGGCCCACAUCAGGGGCUGCCCAGCACUCCCAAUGCCCAGCGCACAGGUGCAGCUGCCUUCUUGCCCUCUGGGGACCCGGCCUUGCUGAGCUCUGCUCCCACACUGCACCCGGGGCCAGGGACCCCCACCCAGAGCCACCCACUGGAACCCACAGCAGCCGGCAAUGAGGGGGCCUGCGCCAAGAUGCCAGAUGACGAAGGGACGCCCUCAGGCCCCCGGAGCUGUGACCCUGGCCUCAUAGAUUCCCUGAAGAACUACUUGCUUCUGCUGCUGAAGCUGUCCAGCACAGGGAUGGGCAGAGGAGGCACAGAGCCCCAGGGGGAAGCAGCGCCCAGGGGUCUGGAACCCUCGCCCACGCUGGCCCCCACCGUGGGCGUGGCUGGGCUGAGUCCUCGGACGUCACGGCGCAUCCUGGAGCAGGUGGAGAACGACCAUCUGGUGCAGAGCGCACAGAACCUGCUGCUCAGCCCCUGCACCACCCGCCGCAUCACGGGCCUCCUGGACCGGGAGGUGGCGGCCGGCCAGCAGGCCCUGGCUGCUGCUCGGAGCCACGGCCCCAGCCCCCUCAGCGUCCCCACCAUAGUGGUGGGUGAGGAGGCGGGCCUUGGGCUGGCCUCAGAAGCAUCCAGGAAGGGUGAGGGAGAGGUUCCCCUCGAGGGGCCUGGCCUCCUGGGAACCUCCCGGGAGGGCAGCGUGGGGGGCCUGCUGGGAGAGGCAGGUGGGCAGGCAGCCUCUGGCCAGGGACCUCCGUCCGCAGAGAGCAGAGCUCAGGGACCCCUCCAGGGGGAGGGGCUCCCACAGGAGACGCCGCCAGGGCUCCCCGCAGCGACCCCCGAGGAGCUGGCUCUGGGUGCCCGGAGGAAGAGGUUCCUCCCCAAGGUCAGAGCAGCAGGGGACGGGGAGGCCACCACGCCCGAAGAGAGGGAGAGCCCCACGGUUUCUCCUCGGGGACCCAGGAAGGGCCUCUCGCCUGGGUCCCCCGGGACUCCGGGGCAGGAGAGGCGCUCUCCGACCCAGGGGCGAAAGGCAGGCCUGCUGGAGGUGCCUCGGGCGGAGGAGGAGCUGGUGGCCGGAGACCCAGGCUCCAGCCCCAAGGCCAGCGGGCCGGACGCGGACGCGGAGCCGGCCCUGGAUGGAGGCAAGCAGGAGGCCGCGGACAAGUCGAAGAAAGCCAAAGACCUGCUGAAAGCCCCGCAGGUGAUCCGCAGGAUCCGCGUGGAGCAGUUUCCGGAUGCCUCGGGCAGCCUGAAGCUCUGGUGCCAGUUCUUCAACAUCCUCAGUGACUCGGUCCUGACGUGGGCCAAGGACCAGCGCCCCGUGGGCGAGGUGGCCAGGAGCGCAGGGGACGAGGGGCCGGCGGCCCUGGCCAUCGUGCAGGCGUCCCCCGUGGACUGUGGCGUGUACCGCUGCACCAUCCGGAACGAGCACGGCGCGGCCUCCACGGACUUCUGCCUGAGCCCCGAGGUGUUGUCGGGGUUCGUGUCCAGGGAAGAAGGUGAAGUUGGAGAGGAGAUCGAGAUGACUCCCAUGGUGUUCGCCAAGGGUCUGGCGGACUCUGGCUGCUGGGGCGACAAGCUCUUCGGGCGCCUGGUGAGCGAGGAGCUACGGGGAGGAGGACACGGGCACGGCCUUCGGAAGGCCUCCCAGGCCAAGGUCAUCUACGGGCUGGAGCCCAUCUUCGAGUCGGGCCGCACGUGCGUCAUCAAGGUGUCCAGCUUGCUGGUGUUCGGGCCCAGCAGCGAGACGGCCCUGCUGGGCAGGAACUACGACGUCACCAUCCAGGGCUGCAAGAUCCAGAACAUGAGCCGGGAGUACUGCAGGAUCUUCGCGGCCGAAGCCCGGGCGGUGCCCGGCUUUGGGGAGGUGCCCGAGAUCAUCCCGCUGUACCUGAUCUACCGGCCGGCGAACGCGGUCCCGUACGCCACGCUGGAGGAGGACCUGGGCAAGCCCCUGCAGCCCUACUGCUCCCGGGACUGGGGCUCCGCCGCGGCGCCGGUGCCCGGCAGCUCGGAGGCCGUGCAGAAGUGCCAGGCCUUCCAGCACUGGCUGUACCUGUGGACAAACGGCAGCUUCCUGGUCACGGACCUGGCAGGGGUCGACUGGAAGGUGACCGAUGUGCAGAUCGCCACCAGGCUGCGCGGAUACCAAGGCCUGAAGGAGAGCUGUUUCCCCGCCCUGCUGGACCAGUUCGCCGCCUCCCACCAGUGCAGCCCCUUCUGUGAGAUGCUGGGGCUGAAACCCCUCAAGGGCCCCGAGGCCGCCCACUCCCAGGCCAAGGCCAAAGGCUCCAAGAGUCCAUCUGCCGGGAGGAAGGGCUCCCAGCUGAGCCCUCAGCCCCAGAAGAAAGGCCCACCCAGCCCUCAGGGCACCCGGAGGAGCGCCCCGAGCCCCAAGGCCACUCCUCAGGUCACAGGGGCAGUCGCCACCCAGGUACUGGGAGAGCCCCCCACCCGAGAGGGGAGCUCGCAGGCCCAGGGCACGCGGUAGCCCCUGCGAGAGGCUGGGGGCCUUCACCCGGCCGCAGACCCACAAGGAAGCAGCUCAACCUGACGGAGACCUUCCCAGCGCGGACCGGCCAGGAAGGCGCGCCGAGCGGGCAGCCCCGGGGCCUCCCGGCGCGGCCUCUCCCCAGUCAGCUCCUCCCCAGACGGCUCUGGCUCCGGUGCCUGGCACACAGCCCAGUGGCCUCUUCUGGUGCCAUGUCACCCGGGGCUCCAGGCCCCGCUCCCAGUGCCCCGGGGGCUGAGGCCCUCCUUGAAGUUUACACUGGCCGCUGCUGGAGGCUCCCCGAGUCCUCUGCAUGAGUUUUGCACCCCGACCCCUGGCCCCAGCCAGACCCUGCCGUGAACGGUGUCCCCUGGGGCGUGCAGGCCAGCACUCACCCCUGCCUUUGCUCCACCCCGACCUCUCCCUGACCUCAGGGUUCGGGGCUUCCUGUGCUAUGUGACUCUCAGGGCGUCUUCUCCCUCAGGCGGCUUUGCUUAGCCUGCAGCAAACCUGCCCCCGAGCCCCACCUGGGGCCUGUUCUGUCCUUGUGCGGUGGUCUCCGGUGACACGUGUUCUUGCUUCUCCUUCCCUCGUCUCCCAGGCACUCACUUGCCUGCUGCUCAUGCUGUCUUGCACCCCUCCCCCACCCCCAGCUUGGAACCCAGUUGCAGCCUGCUGCCUGCCCUUCACGACUCUGCUCGUCCCCGCACCUGGUGGCUUUCCUAGCCCGGCCCCCACCCCACCCCCCAGGACCCAGGUGAAGAGCAGACCCUCCACCCUCUAGUCCACCCCAGUCCACCCCUCCUUACUUGCCCACGGCCCCCCUCCCGUGAGGGGAGAAGUGGCACGGGGUGGUCAGCAGCCGGGGCCAGAGAGAGAGUGUGGACUUGGAGGGACUGGGUGCUCCGUGCUGACAGAGGUGGCUCGUGUGGAGCUCACAUCUCCUCCUGGCUGCAGUGGAUGGCUGGGGGUUUGGGGAGGGUGCCAGCCAGCUGCCCACUGCGGUGGAGGGCUGUCUCUGUGCCCGGGACCCAGCACCCCUGUCCCCAAGCAUUAACUCUGGAUCCUGAAUCUCCAGCUCCAGGACCUAGUGCGUGAGCUCCCGAGGAAUUGCUGUACUUGGCCCAGGACCCUGUCCCCUUCCUGGGAGCCCCUCCUGCAGGCCCUGGGUGUGGGGAGGGGUCUGGAAGUAGCUCACUCCCCUUGGAAUUCAAUAAAGGCUGCAACUGUGUUCCCUGCUCA